AUGGUGUGUGCGGAGCAUAAUCAUGAUCCUGCAUCAUAUAUGGAGGGAUAUCCAUACCCCGGUCGGCUUUCUAAAUCUGAAAUUCAAAUUAUGGUUGACAUGUCCGCACAAAAUGCCAAGUCACGGGACAUAUUGACGGAGUUGAAAAAGCGAGAUCCGAACGACGUGAGCACCAUCACAAGCAUAUAUAAUGCACACAAGAAGCACAAUACCGUUGAGAGAUCGGGUCAAUCACAUGUGCAAGUUGUGUUGUCAUUCCUCAACAACCAUGAGUACUUUUUCGAUUAUCAGGCAAACCAUACAACCAAUGAACUCGAAGAUUUGUUCUUCGCACAUCCUGGCUCGCUAGAUCGAUUGCGUGCAUUCCUGCACGUGUUGUUGAUGGAUGCGACAUAUCAGACCAACAGGUACGGGUUGCCUCUUCUUAAAAUUUUCAGUGUUACUUCAACUAGUCAGACUUUUUACAUAGCGUUUGUAUAUUUACACUCAGAAAAGGAGGCCAGUUAUACUUGGGCUUUGGAAUGUUUGCGAUCUGCAAUGCAUGGAUGCACUAGCCCACGAGUUAUCGUUAUGAAUAGAGAGUUGGGGCUGAUGAAAGAGUGUGCUCAGGUAUUUCCCAAGGCUUUGAAACUACUCUGUUGA